AUGGCGCCACGUGAGGCAAGCUCCCUCAAACGAGGACGGGCCACCGCCAAUGCAGAUUCACAAGACCAAAAGAAACCUCGGCGUUCUCAAAGGAUUUCGAGUCAAGUUCAUCCCCAAGACACACCAGUCAAUUUGGACUACUUACCCACCCCAGUCACGGUUCCUCAAUCUGCUACAGAGACUCGCAACAGGGUGACUGUAACACCCCCCGACAGCCCUCGCAAGGGCCGUCAACAAGAUCCAUCCCUACCCGAAUUAUCGCACACUCUCUCCUCGCCACCACGGACGGAUACCCAGCAAGCUUCCCAGUUUGUAUACCCACCGAUAGCGUUUUCAGAUGAAGUCAAGGACGAGGAUGCUGAAGGGGUCUGGGGCUAUCUGUUACCAUUGGAUGCGAACGGGGAUGGUCCGCUGGUACUGAGAACGCGCAGUGGUUGUGAUGAUGAUAAGAGUACUUCCAAACCCGACGGGAAAAAGGUUCAAAGAUCCAAGUGCGCUAAAUCGCCUGGUGGAUUCUUGAUUGGCCGUCAUCCGGAAUGUGAUCGUGUCCUUGAGGUUCCUACAAUUUCAAACAGACAUUUCCUCAUAUUUGCCGAAAAGAGGAAUGGUGACAUGGUUGCAAUACUGGAGGAUCUCUCCAGCAAUGGGACUUUCGUCAAUGAUGCCAUUGUUGGGCGCAAUAAGCACCGGGAACUGGAGGAUGGCGACGAAGUCUCAAUUCUAAAUCACGCCCGAUUCAUCUUUCGCUAUCCUCGUACCCGUGAAACCAAUGGUUUCCAUCAGCAGUAUCGGGUUCUUCAACAACUGGGCAAAGGCCACUUUGCAACUGUCUAUUUGUGUGCCGAACGAUCUACGGGAGACAAGUAUGCAGUCAAGGUCUUCGAAAGACGCCUCAAUGACUCGCAAAAAUCGCAAUCAGAUGCUGCUUUGCAACAAGAGAUCGCCCUCUUGAUGGGUGUUCAGCACCCAAACCUGCUGUGUCUCAAGGAGUCAUUCGAUGAGAGCAACGGCGCUUAUCUGGUACUUGAAUUGGCACCCGAGGGGGAACUAUUCAACUGGAUUGUGAGAAAUCAGAAAAUGACUGAGGAUGAAACUCGUGGUGUAUUCCGUCAACUAUUCGACGGACUGAAGUAUCUGCACGAACGGGGAAUUGUGCAUCGCGAUAUCAAGCCAGAGAAUAUCCUGGUUGCAGACAAAAAUCUGACUGUGAAACUGGGUGAUUUCGGCCUGGCCAAAAUCAUUGGCGAAGAAUCUUUCACAACCACCCUCUGUGGUACACCAUGCUAUGUUGCGCCGGAGAUCUUGCAAGACAACCGCCACCGAAGAUACACAAAAGCGGUGGAUGUAUGGUCUCUCGGUGUUGUUCUCUAUAUCUGCCUUUGUGGCUUCCCACCGUUCUCGGAUGAAUUGAACACCCCCGAGAGCCCAUUCACUCUCGCUCAGCAGAUCAAGAUGGGCAAGUUCGACUACCCGUCUCCGUAUUGGGAUUCGGUUGACGAUUCUGCGUUGGAGCUAAUUGAUAGGAUGCUUACUGUGGAUGUCGACGAAAGGAUCACGGUGGAUGAGUGUCUUGAACAUCCUUGGAUGACCGGAAAUCGCCCGAGUCUUACCGAUAGCACAGAUGGCCUAACUGGGGCUCUCGGUAACUUGGACUUCUCUAAGCGAAAGCUCCAACGACAGCGUACCUUGCUCAGCAGCGUCAAUGACGUCCACAUUAGUGAACAUGCUGAAGGCAGUGAGGCACCUGUCAAAGUGUUCCGGAAUGAAGCUGGGAAGCGCAUCCAUAAUCGGCCAGCCAAGGCGUCCCAACGUGAAGUUUCGCCCAGUGACCACCGGGCCCCGCAAGAUUUUAUCAACAUUGGAGAGCGUGGUGAUCCCACGCUGUACGACAAUUAG